AUGAGUGAAAGGCCUUUCGAAGCGUAUUUAGACGACAGCCCACAGAGCUGCCACUCAUUCAAUGAAUAUCCUGAAAGUAAUCAGUCAUUUUUGGCAUAUGAUGAACUUGGUAAUUGUUUAAUAGAAGAGCAUCAUCAAGAAAGCCAGGCUAGUGAUCAGUUACUUCAGGUACUAGAGCUAAGCAAGGAUUGUCAUCCACCUCUGGAGGCACAGCACAAAGCAAGCCGGGCUGGUGGUCAGUCACUGGAAGUGCAGCAUGAAGGAAGUGAUCAGUCACUGGAAGAGCAGCACGGAGAGAGCCAGGAUGUUGAUCUGCCACUUGAGGUGCAGCACACAGUGAGUCAGGACGCUAUGCAGCAGCAGGGAGAAAGCCAGGAGGCUGAUCCGCCGCUGGGGGCGAUGGACGGAGACAGCGAGGAUGCUGAUCCGCCGCUGGGGGCGCUGGACGGAGACAGCGAGGAGGCUGAUCCGCCGCUGGGGGCGCUGGACGGAGACAGCGAGGAGGCUGAUCAGCCGCUGGGGGCGCUGGACGGAGACAGCGAGGAGGCUGAUCCGCCGCUGGGGGCGCUGGACGGAGACAGCGAGGAGGCUGAUCCGCCGCUGGGGGCGCUGGACGGAGACAGCGAGGAGGCUGAUCCGCCGCUGGGGGCGCUGGACGGAGACAGCGAGGAGGCUGAUCCGCCGCUGGGGGCGCUGGACGGAGACAGCGAGGAGGCUGAUCCGCCGCUGGGGGCGCUGGACGGAGACAGCGAGGAGGCUGAUCCGCCGCUGGGGGCGCUGGACGGAGACAGCGAGGAGGCUGAUCCGCCGCUGGGGGCGCUGGACGGAGACAGCGAGGAGGCUGAUCCUCCACUGGGGACGCUGGACGUAGACAGCGAGGAGGCUGAUCCUCCACUGGGGGCGCUGGACGGAGAGAGCCAGGAUGCCAAUUUGCCACAGAAGGCGCAGGACACAGAGAGUCAGGAAAUUGUGCAGCAAAAAAAGAGGCAGGCACAGUAUGAAGUAAGAAAGACAGAUGAUAUGUCAGUCAAAGUGCAGAAUACAGUGAGUCAUGAUGCGACAGGUGAACUGUCAUUGGAAGGUGCUCUGUACGUUGUCAACAAACCACCAGAACACUCGCCAGCAACAAUAGAAUAUGAUAUUGUUGUAAGUCAGACUGAAUCACACAUCAGUCCUCCGACAAGUUUAACAACUUACGAGCAGCUUCCUCCACAACUGCUGCCUGUAACUGUCACAAGUAUUGGACCACCUGAAGAACAUGAAGACAACAGUGCACACAAAAAGAAUGAGACAGAACUGCAGCUGUCGCCUCUGUCUGUAACUUUACCAGCUGUUGUGUCAACUGAAGCACAGGAGACUGAGACCCAGGAUGAGGCGCAACUGCCACUAACACUUGUGGAAUACAUGGCACUGGGCCAGUCAGUGUUUGCACCUUCCAUUGACAGCAUGAUCGCUUCCACUGUUACUACUACUGCCAGUGAUCUAAACACAGACGCUGUCCCUGGAUCCUCUACGAUGCACCAAGAGCGUCUUUCACCUCAGCCAGGGCCCAGCCAGUUUAGAUACCAGUAUCCACUGGCGCCAGGUUCCAGGCCGUACAGAUACCAACAACCACUGGCACCAGGUUCCAGGCCGUACAGAUACCAACAACCACUCGCACCUGGUUCGGACCUGUACAGAUACCAGCAGCCAAUGGUACCAGGUGCUAGCCAGUACAGAUACCCAAUGGCACUAGUCCCCACCCAGUACCAACAACAAACACCACAAGGGAAUAUACUGGGUACUGGUGACUCUGACGACGAUCCUGGUUACCUCAGCGAAUCGUCUGGAGAGCUCCAGAAUAACGCUAGGCUUGUUCAAUACCCUGCAGACUGGCAGCCUGCGUUGAUCCGAGAGCCAGACUUAGACAUCAUUAUUGCCUUCAUUGAGAGUAGCACUACCCAAAACGCCGCACCAAAACCACAGUCCGCAGAUACGCCUGACCAAGAGCAGGUUCUGUUGAAAGAGGGAGGCGAUGACCAGCCAGGAGCUGAUAACAUAGACAUAACAGCUGCCUCGGUACAACAAUCGCACCAAGGGGAUCUUGAACAAUCGCUUCAGAAUCGUCCACCAUCUGCAUCAGAUCAUCCACAUCUAGUCGAAGAUACUGAGGAAACGGAAGAGGUUGCCAAGGCUAGCACGUCAAGCAAUGGACAACUAAUGACCCCUACAAGAGAGACUUCAUACCGGCUUAAAAGGGAUACACCAAGAGGUAAGAAAAAUCUUACACGCAGAUGGAAAGAGCAUCAGACACUAAAAACGAGUAGUAGUUCCGACUCGGACACUGAAUCUAGGCGACAUGAGCUUUGGAAGUAUCAGCAGGAAUCGUUAGCGAUUGGAGGAGGAGCAACAAUGGAAGAAUUUUUAGUGUUGCAGCAGGACCUGGAGCAGUACUACGCAGGACUUAAGUUAACCGAAGGUGGUGAUGGACAUGCACCAGAGGCUGGACCUAGCGGAGAACAGCAGCCGGUGGCAGCCUCUCAAGGAAAUGAGAGAAGUCAAGCAACUGACCUGGCCCCUGCAGAUGUACCUCAAGCGGAGCGUGAUGAAAGUUCAGCCUCCACGGACACAAGACAGCCGAAAGAGACAUGCGAACCUGUAGUGAGCGACGUUUCGAGUGCCUAG